AUGGCUGAAGAAGAUGUAUGUUUAUAACUCAUCAAAACGGUGGUAAAUGUCAAUUAUGGUCUAUGGUUUUAUAUGUUAUUUGCUAGGAACAACUAAAUUUAUUUUAUUCAAACCAUUUAGUAUCUUUUUAAAGUUGGGGUCAACGAAAAAUUUGAAAAAAUUUUAAUGAGAAGAGAUCAAAUCCUUAAUAUAACAAAAACAAUAGUUUAAUGCUCAUUACAAUAACAAAUCAUGAAUCAAUCUACUAAUAAUCACUCUGCUCACGAUUAUCUUGUUUAAGUGGCGUUGAAAAUUUUGAAAAUUUGGACAUUAUGAUAUUUUUGUUGAUUCACCAAAAUUUUUUUUUUUCCCAUGUCCACGAAAUUGAAAAAUUUAUUAGCAAUGCCAAAAUAAAACCAGACCAUAUAUUGACUUGAAUUAACACUCCAAUACUAACUUGUUGUCUUUAGCAUACCUUUGAAACCGCAGAUGCCGGUGCUGCUUUAACUUACCCAAUGCAAUGUUCUGCUUUAAGAAAAAACGGUCACGUUGUCAUCAAAAACAGACCAUGUAAAAUUGUUGAUAUGUCAACUUCUAAAACUGGUAAACACGGUCACGCUAAAGUUCAUUUAGUCGCUAUUGAUAUUUUCACUGGUAAAAAAUUAGAAGAUUUAUCACCAUCAACUCAUAAUAUGGAAGUUCCAAAUGUUUCAAGACAAGAAUUUCAAUUAUUAGAUAUUGAUGAUGGUUUCUUAUCAUUAAUGACCAGUGAUGGUGAUACUAAAGAUGAUGUUAAAGUUCCAGAAGGUGAAUUAGGUGACAAAAUUCAAUCAGAAUUUGAUGAAGGUAAAGAUUUAGUUGUUACAAUUAUUUCAGCUAUGGGUGAAGAAGCUGCUAUUGCUUACAAAGAUGCUCCAAAAGCUUAA